UUCCAAUACAUUUACUGUGAAAAUGAGAAGCAGGCUCCUCUUUUGGUAGGGUCCUUCCUUGUCCUUGGCGACUAUUUCUUUCCUCUCAGCCAAAAAUGGGUAGAAGACGUUCUUCCAGAAACAACCACAUGGUUCACUUGAUGCCUAAUGAUGUGGAAGCAAAACCUUCCAAUGGAACGGUGGAAUUGCUAGGGGCAUCAAACUCUCGCCAUGAUAUCCAUCUCCCUGGACUUUCCCCACAGAAGCAACCAAAAUUCGUAGUGGAUGGAGUGAAAAGGCCUCAUGAAAGGAGUCUGGCAGGGGAACAAGUGAACCAGGAUCGUGGACUUCUUCAAGAGAAGAAUACUGCUAAGAAAAAAUCGAAAUUUUGUGGUGCAUAUGUGAGACGAUCAGAACGCAUAAAAAGUGCAAUUGUUUGCUCUCCCAAAGCCAACUUUGGGAUUGAAGUUGAAAAUAUAACUGUUACCGAUAGUGAGAAAGAUGAGGUCUUGGCAGGGCCAGAAUUGGUGCUGGAGCCCGCGCAGGAGCAUGAGUCAGAGUCAGAGCAGGAACAAAGUGAGAAGAGCUUGGAUGAAAAAGUUGACUCUGCCAUACGUAGAAUAGAUUCUCUUGAUAAGAUCGUGGGAUGGUUGAAAUCCAAGGUGGAAGAAAGCUUUUGUGAAGCUCCUUCUGUGGCACCUAUAGGUUACAGGAGUAUGUACUUUGAUUCACAGAAGAAGAUUGAAGCUUUGACAGAAGAAAAUCAACGACUAAAUGGAAAGCUCGAAAAUGCUCUGGGCAAAGUAGAAGUGUACGAAAAGGAGAUCCAUGCUUUGAUUGGUGUACUGGAUAAAACGAGGGACUCUGUUAAGGAUGAUAUGAUUUCAAAUCUGGCAAAAUCUGUGGAAGCGGCUGUUAAUGUAUCAACUCAAGCAAUCCAUAAUGUUUGUACUGCAUCUGCUAUCAAGAGAAAGAGAAAUGAAGGCUGAAGUAGGAAGCUAAUGCUUCUCUACUUAUUGAUGCACUAUAAAAGUAAAUUAAAAACCUGACACUUAAUGUGCUUGACCAGUUUACCUUGAUUUUGUGAAGCUUUUGAAACUUUUUGCAUGGAUUCCUUUUUCUUAAUAUAGUGAUUUUAAAAUUGUGUGGUA